GAACGAAAAAGAACAGCAAAACAACCGAACACAUUUCUCUAAAAAACUGAACUAGCUCUCAGAACCCCAAAAUCAAUGUCCCUAUGUUCCCCUUAAAACCCUAAUUCCAAUCACAAAAAUCUGCGUCUCUAAUUAUAUAUACUUACAAAAUGAGAUCUUGUUUAAUAUUACAAUCUUCCCCUCUUUUCAUACCCAGCAAAACCCCGUUUUUAAAUCAAAGAUUUGGGUUCAAUUCUCCAUACCCAUCUCUCAUUACUUGCUUUAGACCCAGAAACCCUAAUUUAUUUGCCUCUCAAUUGCAAAAUCUUGAGGUUUCUUGGGUGUCAAAUGACCCAGAUCAUAAAGAUGAGUAUAAUGGGUGGGCUGUCAGUGAAAACCCAGUUCAAAACAAGAAAAAUAAAGGUACAUUUGUGUUGGUGAGUGUUGGGGCCUCCAUUUUGGCUUUGCUGCUUGUUUUCUCGUUAUCUCGAAAAGGGUUCCAAUUCAGAAGUCAAGCUUUGCGUGGUGUUAUUCUGUCGUCUGAAAACGAUGAAAGUAUUGACAGUGAUAGUAAAGCAGUUGAUGCAUCAUCUGUGGAUGUGGUAACACAAGCAAGCUCAGAGAGUUCGUCUGAUAUAGUUGAUGAAGCUGUGCCUUCAGUAACAAGUCAUGAUAAAAGGGAAGAAGGAUAUGUUGGUCGAAUCACAGUUCCUGUUGCGGUGGAUUCAAUACAACAGGAAGCUCUAUCUAUGUUAAAGAAACUGAAGAUUGUUGAAGAUUUUGUCAAGGCCGAUGAAUUGUGCACGAGGAGGGAAUAUGGACGAUGGUUAGCACGGACAAACUUGCUACUGGAGAGGAAAAAUAAGCAUAAGGUUGUUCCAUCUAUUGCACUUUCCGGAUCUACAAUCUCUGCAUUUGACGACGUGAGUGUUGAAGACCCUGAUUUUCUGUACAUACAAUCUCUUGCUGAGGCUGGCAUUGUUUUAAGUAAGCUGUCUGUGGAUGAUUCCAGUUGGCAAAAAGGUGUAAAAUUUUUCCCUGAUAGAUUUAUAUCUCGCCAGGAUCUCAUAAGUUGGAAAGCCAAGCUAGAUUAUGAAGUCAUGCCAGGAUUAAGUGAAGAGAUAUCAAGGAACAGCUUGGGUUAUAUGGAUGUAAGGGAGAUCAAUUCAGAUGCAAUAGUUGUACUUUUCAAGGACUUGCUUGCUGGUGACAAGAGCAUAUACAGAACAGUUUUUGGACAGGCCAAGCGAUUCCAACCCAAUAAGCCUUGCACAACAGCACAAGCCGCAGUAGCACUGACGAGUGGAAGAAUGGAGGGAGCAAUCCACUCUGAGCUAUUGAGACUAGAAGCUGAGUUCUCUACGCAGCAAAUGGCAAUGGUUGAGAUAAGGUCUGAGCUUCAAGAAAGAGGAGACAUACAAAGGUACUGGGAUAAAAAAUUCGAAGAAGAAAAGCAUCGUGGUGUUGAGGUUGAGAGGAGUUAUGUUGUGGCAGUGCAGGAUCUUGAUCAGGAGAAGACUGUUCAAGAGAAUAUUAUAACUGAGUAUAUGAAAGAGAAAGCAGCCAUCGACUGUCAGAAGCAGCUGCUUUCUAGUUUAAAAGAAGAGAUUGACGACAUGUAUGAGAGGCUUGAAAUAGAGAGGGCUAAAUAUAUUGAUGAGCAGCAGAGCGUUCAGAAUAUGCGUGGGGAUUUACAGGCGAAGUAUGACGGGCUGCUUGAACAGAAAUCAAUACUAGAGGCAGAAAUAGAAGCUGUCCGGAUACUUAGGUCUUGGAUUGAAGAUGAAGCGAGGAAAAGUCAAGCGCGUGCUAAGGUGUUGGAGGAGGCAGCAAAGAGGUGGAGAUGGAGUCAACAGCCUUAAAGAAAUUGCUUAAUAAAUAAAUUCUUAAUAGUUAGUUCGAGAGCACUUUCUUAAAUGCAUUUUGUUGGACCAGGCAUUAGCGCACACCAAUAUUGUAUCCUGUUAUUCUUUUUGUUAAAUGAAUCAUUGAAACUAGACUCCCUAAUUUUCAAAAUUAUACAGUGAUAAAUAAUGUAAGUUAUAACGAAGGUAUGAAGCUACAUUACUCCA